CCUCCUGCCGCCGCUUCCGCUCUCCGCGGUGCGUAGCGAGGGGGAGGGCGGGGAGGCACCGCCCCGGCCCCGCCGCCUCGUGGGACCCGCUGCCGCCGCCGCCGCCGCCGCCGCCUCAGCCGUGCAGCUACUAGCACUCCUUGGAGACGAUGGACCACUCAGCCAAUGCAUCCGGGCUCCUGGAAGGCUCUAAUAUUGGGUCACAGAAAGAGAGAGUGGUGACUGAGGAGGAAUGGCUACAAAAAUGGGAAGUGGGUAACAUCGGGUUUCACAAGGAACAAGGACAUCCGCUCCUCCAGAAGUAUCUGGAUGUUCUUUUAAAUGGCAAGAGUGGACUGAGGAUAUUUUUCCCACUUUGUGGUAAAGCAGUAGAGAUGAAAUGGCUGGCAGACAUGGGACACAGCGUUGUUGGUGUGGAAGUGAGCGAACAAGCACUGAAGGAAUUUUUUUCAGAACACAGUCUGCCUUAUUGUGAGGAGCCAGUCCCAGAGAUUUCAGGAGGAAAAAUGUUCCAGAGUACCUCUGGCAACAUUUCCCUGUACUGCUGCAGUAUUUAUGAUUUGUCCAGCUCAAUAGUUGGCAAGUUCGAUGGAGUUUGGGACAGAGGAGCUCUUGUAGCUGUGAAUCCAUGUGACAGGCAACGCUAUGCCAGUUUGAUGAUGAACUUAAUGGAGAAGAAUUCUUCUUAUCUCCUUGUUACAGUUUCAUAUGAUCCAAACAAACACAAAGGCCCACCAUUUUAUGUUCCUGAAUCUGAAAUUAAAAGCUUGUUUGGCAGCUGCUGUGAAAUUCAGUGUCUUGAAAAAGUCGAUGACUUCUCAGAAAAGCACAAACAAUGGGGAUUAGAUUAUUUUCUGGAGGUUGUGGAGAACAGGAGGGGUGCCUGAGGACUGAAGAAAAGACGGUGUCACUCCAAUCUUCAAAAAGGGCAAGAAGGUGGACCUAGGAGCCUGCAUGCCAGUCAGCUUCACCUCAAUCCAUGGAAAGGUGAUGGAACAACCCAUCCUGGAUGUCAUCUCUAAGCAUGUGGAGGAAAAGAAGGUUAUCAGGAGUAGUCAACAUGGAUUCACCAAGUGGAAAUCAUGCUUGACUUAUCUCAUAGCCUUCUAUGAUGCAAUGACUAUCUGGGUAGAUGAGGGAAGAGCAGUGGAUGUUGUCUACCUGGACUUCAGCAAGGCUUUUGACACUGUCUCCCAUAACAUCCUCAUAGGUAAGAUCAGGAAGUGUGGGUUGGGUUAAUGGACAGUGAGGUGGAUUGAGAACUGGCUGAAUGGCAGAGCUCAGAGAGUUGUGAUCAGUGACACAGAAUCUAGAUGGAGGCUGGAGCAAGCGGUGUUCCCAAGGCUCAGUACCGGCUCCAGCCGUGUCCAGCUUAUCCAUCAAUGACCUCAAUGAAGAGACAGAACAUACCUGCAGUAAGUUUGCAGAUGAUCCAAAACUGGGGGAGUGGCUGACACAGCAGAGUGCUGUGCUGCCAUUCAGCAAGACCUGGACAGGCUCAAGAUCUGAGCAGAGAGGAACCUAGUGAAUCUCAGUGAAGGCAAGUGCAGGGUCCUGCACCUGGGGAAGAAUAAGCCCGGGCAUCAGCACAGGCUGGAAAGUAACUCUGCGGAGAAUGACCUGGUGGUCAACAAGAUAGACAGCAGUGUGCCCUUGUGGCCAAAAAGGCCACUGGUCUCCUGGGAUGCAUUAGGAAGACUGUGGCCAGCAGGUCAAGGGAGACAAUCCUACCUCUCUAAUGAGCCCUGGUGAGGCCACAUCUGGAGUGCUCUGUCCAGUUCUGAGCUCCUCAGUACACGAGAGACCUGGACAUACUGGAGUGAGUCCAGCAGAGGGCUAUGAAGAUGCCUAGUGGACUAGAGCAUCUCUCUUAUGAGAACAGGCUGAGAGAGCUGGGAUUAUUUAUCCUGGAGAGGACAAAACUGAGAGGAGAUCAUUAAUGCUUACAAAUAUCUUUAAUGUCAGGUGUCAAGAGGAUGGGACCAGACUCUUUUCAGUGUUUCCCAGCCACAGGACAGGAGCAACAGGCCCAAACUGAAACACAGGAAGUUCCAUCUGAAUAUAAGGAAAAACUUCUCUACUUUGAGGGUGACAGAGCACUGGAACUUCUCCCCUUUGCAGCUUGUUUUGAAAGGAAAGUAUGAUUGCGAUGUAGAAUAGAAGGCAAGUAAAAGCCAUGAGGUUUUUUAGACUGUUGUAGUCCUAGAGCUGCAAAUGGGUCUAAUGAUUUUAGCACAGCAGUCGUCACAGCUACAGCCCAUCGCAACACUCAAUAUUGCUUGUAGAUACUCAUGUUUCAAGGUCAGGUCUACAGAGAGAAGAGAUGUAGCCAGCGGGCCAGGGCAAGCUCAGAGCUGUUAUUUUUGUAUGUUUUCACUUCUGGUCACUACCACAGCUACCAGGAUAAAGCAUCUCCUUUCUUUGAAUCCAGAAAUUUUUUUCUAGAUGCAACGUGAGAGCUGCUGAAUUUUAUCUCAGACUUCCAGACACACGAUAGCCUCAGAAGGCCAGGUGCUUGACAUGAGGCUGCUGCAUGCUCUGUGAUGUCCUGUGCAGGACUCCCAUGUGACAACCUGGCAAGAGCAAUGCCACGUGCCAAAUGAGCCAUUUUGGGAUGUGUAAGAUGCCUCUGCCAUGUGUGUACCCUGCAGUUACUCUGAGAAUACACUGUAAAUACACCUUGCAGAACAAGCACACGCUGUUCAUUGUACCUUACAAGACGUGUGUACUUACUUGUCUG